AUGGAUGCGUACGUCGCAGAGAUACGCAAGCUCGAGAAUAAGUUCUCAGGCCUAGAAAUUCAUCAUGUGAUUAGCGACAACAACUUGGGGGCAGAUGUGCUCUCAAAGCUGGGCUCUGAUCGAGCAAAUGUCCCACCAAGAGUUUUUGUCCAUGAGCUACAUCACCCAUCCAUCAAGAUACCAGAUCAAAGCACCAUCAUUCAGGGUCCAACAGAACCAGACCGAGAGGUGAUGAUUCAGGUUGAUUGGCGGAUGACUUUUAUCGACUUCAUCCAGGAGCACAAACUACCCUCCGGUGUCGACAAGAAGAGCGCCGAGACUGCACGCAUAUUAAGGCGGAGCAAAGGGGAAUUCUGA